CAACAACAACAACAACAACUCGGUAGCCAACAUAGCUGAAACAUUGGAGGUCUUUAGACGCUUUCAGUGAUUUUUAGCACUGUGUUUUAAACACACUUCAGUCGUAUCCACUAGUUACCCCAUUUAAUAGCAUAUUUACGUUUUUGUUGUAAUUCGUCAGCUAGCUGGCUGGUUUAAGUUAGCAAUAGCCCAGCUAGCGAACAUCCCCGACCAUGAGCUCACUAAGCUACUCUCCUCCUGCUAAAGAAGAGGAGGUCUGCUGGACGGAGAAAGAAGCUCUAGUGAAAGAGGAGGAGGAAGAGGAGGGUGUCACAGUAAAACAAGAAGUAGAGGUUGAGGCUGUUACAGUGAAAGAAGAAGAGAAAGACGUUACAGUGAAAGAAGAAGAGAAAGAUUUUAUGGUGAAAGAAGAGGAAGAAGCUUUCAGAGUGAAAGAGGAGGAGGAUGUUGGUGUGAAAGAAGACGAGGAUGAGCAGGAUACAGUUUUUGUAGUGAAGGAGGAAGAAGAGGAGGACAUUUUUGGACUGAAUGAGAAGGGGGAGAUUACUGUCACAUUAGAGGAAGAAGAGGAGACUGGAGAUCCGAUUAACACCAGAGAGAUACCAGACUCUCACUUUGACAGCGGGAAGAGUCCUUCAUUGGAACCAGACCCAGAGACGCCCAAACCAGCAAGACCACACCACUGCUCCCAGUGUGGAAAGAGAUUUACCCAUUUAGGGUACUCUGAAGUCACAUGA